UGGACGAAACCGGGUCCCCCAGGUCAGCCUGAGCGAGAAAUAGGAGAUCCCAGCCUCCAGCGUCCCCAGGCUGGGGAAGUGCACCUGACCCGGCGGGCGUGGCAACGGGCGUGGCGGCGGGGCUGACGUGGCCCCGCGGCGUGGAACCGGCGUGAUUCAUCAGUGGCCGCGGAGCGCGAUGGGGAUGAGCGCAGCGGCCGCCUAGGCGCGUCCUCCGCGCGCUCUCCUGGUCGGUGGCCCGGCUCUGGGAAGGCCAAGAUGGAAGAGAUUCUGAGGAAGCUGCAGAGGGACGCGUCCGGGAGCAAAUACAAAGCCAUCAAGGAGAGCUGCACCUGGGCCUUGGAAACCCUAAGUGGCCUGGACACCAUUGUGACGCUCCCUCCACACUUGCUGAGGGAGAAAUGCCUGCUGCCUCUCCAGUUGGCGUUGGAAUCAAAGAACGUGAAGCUGGCCCAACAUGCUUUGGCCGGGAUGCAGAAGCUGCUGUCAGAAGAGAGGUUUGUCUCCAUGGAGACCGACUCUGAUGAGAAGCAGCUGCUCAAUCAGAUCCUGAAUGCCGUGAAAGUGACGCCUUCGCUCAAUGAAGACCUGCAGGUGGAGGUGAUGAAGGUUUUGCUGUGCAUCACCUACACCCCAACAUUUGACCUGAAUGGGAGUGCCGUGCUGAAGAUCGCAGAGGUGUGCAUCGAGACCUACACAUGCAGCUGUCACCAGCGCAGUAUCAACACUGCUGUGCGGGCCACUCUCAGCCAGAUGUUGAGCGACCUGACUUUACAGUUACGACAGAGGCAGGAGAACACGAUAGUUGAAAACCCAGAUGUCCCGCAGGAAUUCGGGAGUCAAGGCGCUACAGUAGAGGCCCUCUGUGAUGACGUUGUCUCUGUCCUCGCUGUCCUAUGUGAGAAGCUCCAAGCCUCCAUAAAUGACAGCCAGCAGCUGCAGCUUCUGUACCUGGAAUGCAUUCUCUCCGUGCUCAGCAGCUCCUCCUCCUCCAUGUACCUGCACAGGGGCUUCACUGACCUCAUCUGGAAAAGCCUCUGCCCGGCUCUCAUUGUGAUCCUGGGGAACCCCAUUCAUGACAAAACUAUCACCUCUGCUCACAGCACCAGUACCAGCAGCAAUGUGGAGUCGGACUCGGCCGCUCCUGGUGUGUCUGACCACGGCCGCGGCUCGGGCUGCUCCUGCAUUGCACCUACGCUGAGCGGCCCUGUGGCCCGCACCAUCUAUUACCUUGCAGCUGACCUCGUCCGCUUAGUGGGGUCAGUGGAUUCCAUGAAGCCAGUGCUCCAGUCCCUCUACCACCGUGUGCUCCUGUAUCCCCCACCCCAGCACCGGGUGGAAGCCAUCAAGAUCAUGAAAGAGAUACUCGGGAGCCCACAGCGUCUGUAUGACUUGGCAGGACCAAGCUCUACCGAGUCAGAGCCAAGGAAAAGAUCUAUUUCCAAAAGAAAAUCUCACUUGGAUCUUCUCAAACUCAUCAUGGACGGCAUGACAGAAGCAUGCAUCAAAGGUGGCAUUGAAGCCUGCUACGCUGCCGUGUCCUGCGUCUGCACCCUGCUCGGGGCCCUAGAUGAGCUAAGCCAGGGCAAGGGCUUGAAUGAGAGUCAAGUACAGCUGCUGCUUCUGCGCCUUGAAGAGCUGAGAGACGGAGCUGAGUCAAGCCGGGACUCCAUGGAGAUUAACGAGGCUGACUUCCGCUGGCAGCGCCGGGUGCUGUCUUCAGAGCACACGCCAUGGGAGUCAGGCAAUGAGAGGAGCCCAGACAUCAGCAUCAGUGUCACCACAGACACAGGCCAGACGACCUUGGAGGGAGAAUUGGGCCAGACAACACCAGAGGACCACAAGAAUGGACUCAAGUCACCAGCCAUUCAGGAAGGCAAGGAGACCAUGAGCAAAGUGUCAGAACCUGAGGCCAUAGACCAGCCCGAUGUCGUUCAGAGAAGCCACACAGUCCCUUACCCUGACAUCACUAAUUUCCUGUCGGUAGACUGUCGGACAAGGUCCUAUGGAUCUAGGUAUAGUGAGAGCAACUUCAGUGUAGAUGACCAAGAUCUGUCGAGGACAGAAUUUGAUUCCUGUGACCAGUAUUCCAUGGCAGCAGAAAAGGACUCGGGUAGGUCUGAUGUGUCGGACAUUGGGUCGGACAACUGUUCACUGGCGGAUGAAGAGCAGACCCCUCGGGACUACAUGGGCCAUCGGUCCCUGAGAACUGCCGCUCUGUCCCUCAAACUGCUGAAGAACCAGGAGGCUGACCAGCACAGUGCCCGGCUGUUUAUACAGUCCCUCGAGGGCCUCCUUCCCCGGCUCCUAGCCCUGUCCAGUGUGGAAGAGGUGGACACCGCCCUUCAGAACUUUGCCUCCACUUUCUGCUCAGGCAUGAUGCACUCUCCCGGCUUCGAUGGAGGGAGCAGUCUGAGCUUCCAGAUGCUGAUGAAUGCUGACAGCCUGUACACGGCGGCACACUGUGCCCUGCUGCUCAACCUCAAGCUCUCUCACGGUGACUACUACCGGAAGCGUCCAACCCUGGCACCAGGCAUGAUGAAGGAGUUCAUGAAACAGGUGCAGACCAGCGGCGUGCUCAUGGUCUUCUCUCAGGCCUGGAUUGAGGAGCUCUACCACCAGGUGCUGGACAGAAACAUGCUUGGGGAAGCUGGCUACUGGGGCAGCCCCGAGGACAACAGCCUCCCCCUUAUCACCAUGCUCACUGAUAUUGAUGGCUUAGAGAGCAGCGCGAUUGGUGGCCAGUUGAUGGCAUCAGCUUCAAUGGAGUCGCCUUUCGCUCAGAGUAGGAGAAUUGACGACUCCACAGUAGCAGGUGUGGCAUUUGCACGUUAUAUUUUGGUUGGCUGCUGGAAGAACCUGAUUGAUACUCUGUCAACUCCCUUGACUGGUCGAAUGGCAGGAAGCUCCAAGGGGCUGGCCUUCAUCUUAGGAGCCGAGGGCAUCAAAGAGCAGAACCAGAAGGAGCGAGAUGCCAUCUGCAUGAGCCUUGAUGGGCUGCGGAAAGCUGCGCGACUGAGUUGUGCUCUAGGGGUUGCUGCUAACUGCGCUUCAGCCCUUGCCCAGAUGGCGGCUGCUUCCUGUGUUCAGGAAGAGAAAGAAGAGAGGGAAGCCCAGGAGCCCAGUGAUGCCAUAACACAAGUGAAACUAAGAGUGGAGCAGAAACUGGAGCAGAUGGGGAAGGUGCAGGGGGUGUGGCUGCACACAGCCCACGUCCUGUGCAUGGAUGCCAUCCUCAGCGUAGGCCUGGAGAUGGGAAGCCACAACCCGGACUGCUGGCCACACGUGUUCAGGGUAUGUGAGUAUGUAGGCACAUUGGAGCACACCCACUUCAGCGAUGGUACCUCCCAGCCCCCUCUGACCAUCCGUCAGCCACAGAAGACCUCUGGGAGCUCUGGCCUCCUUGGGGACCUUGAGUGUGAGGGCUCGUAUCAGGAGCAAACCCUGGAGCAGGGCCCCUCCCUGAGCACAGCCCCUGUGGUGCAGCCACGCUCCAUCCAGGAGCUUGUUCGGGAGUGCAGCCGUGGCCGGACCUCAGACUUCCGGGGAGGCAGUCUGAGUGGGAACAGUGCCGCCAAGGUGGUCCUCAGCCUUUCCACCCAGGCCGACAGGCUCUUCGAUGAUGCUACAGAUAAGUUGAACCUCACGGCCUUGGGAGGGUUCCUCUACCAGCUAAAGAAAGCGUCUCAGUCCCAGCUUUUCCAUUCUGUGACAGACACAGUCGAUUACUCUCUGGCCAUGCCAGGAGAAGUUAGGUCCACCCAGGAUCGCAAAAGUGCUCUGCACCUCUUCCGCCUGGGGGAUGCCAUGCUGAGGAUCGUGAGGAGCAAAGCCCGGCCCCUGCUCCACGUGAUGCGCUGCUGGAGCCUUGUGGCACCACACCUGGUGGAGGCCGCCUGCCACAAGGAGCGCCAUGUGUCUCAGAAGGCUGUUUCCUUCAUCCAUGAUAUCCUGACUGAGGUUCUCACAGACUGGAGUGAGCCGCCACACUUUCAUUUCAACGAAGCGCUCUUCCGGCCCUUUGAGCGGAUCAUGCAGUUGGAGCUGUGUGAUGAAGACGUUCAAGACCAGGUGGUCACCUCCAUCGGGGAGCUGGUUGAGGUGUGCUCCACACAGAUCCAGUCAGGAUGGAGACCCCUGUUCAGUGCUCUGGAGACAGUGCACAGUGGGAACAAGUCGGAGGUGAAGGAGUACCUGGUUGGGGAGUACUCCAUGGGAAAAGGCCAGGCUCCCGUGUUCGACGUGUUUGAAGCUUUUCUCAACACUGACAACAUUCAGGUCUUUGCUAAUGCAGCCACCAGUUACAUCAUGUGCCUUAUGAAGUUUGUCAAAGGACUGGGGGAGGUGGACUGUAAAGAGAUUGGAGACUGUGUCCCCGGAGUGGGAGCCACUUCCACAGACUUGUGCCUGCCGGCUCUGGAUUACCUCAGACGUUGUUCUCAGUUAUUGGCCAAGAUCUACAAAAUGCCCUUAAAGCCAAUAUUCCUUAGUGGGCGACUUGCCAGCUUGCCACGACGGCUUCAGGAGCAGUCUGCCAGCAGCGAAGAUGGGAUCGAAUCAGUCCUGUCGGAUUUUGAUGACGACACUGGUCUGAUAGAAGUUUGGAUCAUCCUGUUGGAACAACUAACAGCAGCUGUGUCCAACUGUCCUAGGCAACACCAACCACCAACCUUAGAUUUACUCUUUGAGCUAUUGAGAGAUGUUACCAAAACACCUGGCCCAGGGUUUGGAAUCUAUGCGGUCGUUCACCUGCUCCUUCCUGUGAUGGCUCUGUGGCUCCGCCGUAGCCACAAGGACCAUUCCUACUGGGAUGUGGCAUCUGCUAACUUCAAGCAUGCCAUCGGGCUGUCCUGCGAGCUGGUGGUGGAGCACAUCCAAAGCUUUCUACACUCAGACAUCAGGUAUGAGAGCAUGAUCAACACCAUGCUGAAGGAUCUCUUUGAGCUGCUGGUGGCAUGUGUGGCCAAGCCCACCGAAACUAUCUCCAGAGUUGGCUGUUCCUGCAUUAGGUACGUCCUCGUGACCGCGGGUCCUGUGUUCACUGAGGAAAUGUGGCGACUUGCGUGCUGCGCCCUGCAGGAUGCCUUCUCUGCCACUCUCAAGCCAGUGAAGGACUUGCUAGGCUGCUUCCACAGUGGCACAGAGGGCUUCAGUGGGGAAGGCUGCCAGGUGCGGGUAGCAGCGCCAUCCUCCUCCCCAAGCGCUGAGGCAGAGUACUGGCGCAUCCGGGCCAUGGCCCAGCAGGUGUUUAUGCUGGACACCCAGUGCUCACCAAAGACUCCAAACAACUUCGAUCAUGCUCAGUCCUGUCAGCUCAUCAUUGAACUGCCUCCUGAUGAGAAGCCGAAUGGGCAUGCCAAGAAAAGUGUUUCUUUCAGGGAGAUAGUGGUGAGCUUGCUUUCUCACCAAGUACUGCUCCAGAACCUGUAUGACGUCCUGCUGGAAGAGUUUGUCAAAGGUCCCUCUCCAGGAGAGGAGAAGACGUCGGUCCAAGUGCCAGACACCAAGCUGGCUGGCUUCCUCAGAUACAUCUCCAUGCAGAACCUGGCUGUGAUAUUUGACCUGCUCCUGGACUCCUACAGGACUGCCCGGGAAUUUGACACAAGCCCCGGCCUGAAGUGCCUGCUGAAGAAAGUGUCAGGCAUCGGAGGCGCCGCCAAUCUGUACCGACAGUCGGCCAUGAGCUUUAACAUUUACUUUCAUGCCCUGGUCUGUGCCGUUCUCACCAACCAAGAAACCAUCACUGCGGAGCAAGUGAAAAAGGCCCUCUUCGACGAGGAGGAGAGGAGCUCUGAUUCCUCACAGCAGUGUUCGUCGGAGGAUGAAGACAUCUUUGAGGAGACCGCACAGGUGAGCCCUCCACGAGGCAAGGAGAAAAGGCAAUGGAGGGCUCGCCUGCCUUCGCUCAGUGUGCAGCCAGUGAGCAACGCAGACUGGGUGUGGUUGGUCAAGAGGCUGCACAAGCUGUGCAUGGAGCUCUGUAACCACUACAUCCAGAUGCAUCUGGACCUGGAGAGCAGCUUGGAGGAGCCACCCACCUUCAAGAGUGACCCGUUCUUCAUCCUCCCCUCCUUCCAGUCUGAGUCGUCCACACCAUCCACGGGAGGCUUCUCCGGGAAAAACACGCCCUCGGAAGAUGAUCGCAGAGAACACCUAAGUGAGCCUCUGAGCCUGAGAGUGGGCAGCGGGGACGUGCUGCUGCUACCACCCCCCAGCCCCAAGAUAGAGAGGAAGGAUCCUGGCCGCAAGAAAGAGUGGUGGGAGAGCGCGGGGAACAAGAUUUGCACCAUGGCUGCUGACAAGACCAUCUCAAAGCUGAUGACGGAGUACAAGAAGAGGAGGCAGCCGCACAACCUGCCUGCCUUCCCCAAGGAAGUCAAGGUGGAUAAGAAGGGCGAGCCCCUGGGGCCCCGGGGUCCCGAUUCCCCACUGCUUCAGCGGCCACAGCAUCUCAUGGACCAAGGGCAGAUGCGCCAUUCCUUCAGCGCAGGCCCAGAGCUGCUGCGGCAGGAGAAGAGACCCCGCUCGGGCUCCACUGGGAGCUCCCUGAGUGUCUCCGUGCGAGAUGCGGAGGCACAGAUCCAGGCAUGGACCAACAUGGUGCUAACCGUUCUCAAUCAGAUUCAAAUCCUUCCAGACCAGACCUUCACGGCCCUCCAGCCAGCAGUGUUCCCAUGUAUCAGCCAGCUGACCUGUCAUGUGACUGACAUCAGAGUUCGGCAGGCUGUGAGGGAAUGGCUUGGAAGAGUGGGCCGCGUCUAUGACAUCAUCGUUUAGAGGGCUCAAAUCCCUGUGGUCAGAGUCUGUCUGUCCAUCCAGCUGAUUGCGUUUUCCCUACCACCAGCCCAUUCAAGCUAGGUCUCUGAGAAACUAGUUCUCUGAAACCUAGUAACACAAAGCUUUUUCCAAGCUCUCUGAAAAUUAGCCAGUCUUGGGCUAGUCUGGAUGCCAAGUGGUAUCCAAGGGACACGGUGAUCUCUGGCCUAGCACAUUGUUACAGGAGAGUCUGCAUUCGCUUCUAAAUCUAAACUUAAUUUCCAAGUGCAUUUGCUUGUCGUAGUCUACCCAAAUGGGUCGUUUUUAAGAGCUCUCCUGUAGAAGCCCGAGGCUGAUCCAUUUAAUCCAUCAUUUUCAAAAAUCAAUGUAAGUCCUAAGAAAACAUUUGCCGGUGAGUCAAGCUGAUAUAUAUAUAUUCAUAUAUCUAGCACCAGACAUAAUUAAUCAGAAGAAUUUUUACAUUCUGAUGAUUAUAAUUUGGUUGGGAAGAAAACUGCAAAAGUGUAUUUUUUCCAGUGCUCUAAUCAAGAAAAAAAUAUAUUCAGGACCAUUUCAACAUUAUUCUUAAGUUGUUAAGAUUUUCAGGUUAAUAGUCAUAACGUCCCCAGGUAAGGUACUGUUGUGCCUUUAUUUCUCUGUUUCUAAAGGAAGGAAAUUCUUUCCUAGCGUGAUUUUGAAGUCUGUGGCUCAGCAGUGGUGUGCACUAUCGCGAGACUUUGAUACUGAUGACCCUGUGUCCCAUGAGUCUUUGCUUCUGCUCCCAGGGCAGACAAAGAAAAAUGGUGCCUUAGUCUUUUGUUGCACAGACAUUUCUAUGCCCCACAAUUAUCUGACUGUAAGGUAUGACACUCAGAUUUAUUAAGAUGCAAUUCACUUUAUAUCAGUAUCCUUUGGAGGAAACGAACUCGGAAGUCCUCCAUCUGGUGGGCAUACUUCUCAGGGGAGGGGCAAGAAGUGUGGGAUGGGGAUACAGCUGGAAGGGGUGGGCUAGGGACCGUGACAGGAUCGUUGUAAACCUUCCACUACAGCACAGUUGGGAGAUGAUGGUGUCAGUUACACAAACUCUAGACUGAAAGGGAAGGGACACAAUGAAUUUAGAAAACUUUUUUUUCUAUAUAAAACACUUCUCUCUAGCAAAUUUACUCUCUUUUAACUCAUGUUAUUCAGACAAAUAUUUUAAGUGAAUAUUUUUUUCAUAUCAUCCUUUAAAAAUGAGACUUCACUCUUCAGUAUUGAAGGACCUCAUAGGGCUUGAACUUUAUCCAGCAGUAAUAUUCAUUAGUGUUGCCCUCCAUGAGAACUCAAUAGCUAUCUAUAAGGUCAAAGAAAGGUGGACUGGCUUGUUUGGGGGGGGGGGUCAAAAAGAAAUCCCCAUUCUCCAUGCCAUCCACACAGACCACAGAAUCUAGAGGACAUUUUCCUAGUUCCACAAAACAAUCUCUGCCUUCAGAGACAAUGAUUCAACUUGGGUAAUAAUUCAAGUUUAAAAACUGACCUGAAGAGAUGUUUUGCUUUCUCUCUUUUCUAGUGCUGGGAAUCAAACCAGGGUCCCAUGCAAGUUACACAAAUAUUCUCCACCACUGAGCUGUAUUCCCAUCUCUCAACUCUUUGUUUGAAUAAACAAUGAAUUAUUUUAUCUACAACCUUAGAUUUUAUAUGCCUUGUAAAUGUAGUUAAGAGUUAAAGAUUUUUGCUUCAUUUUGUCUUUCUCAACAAAAGCAGUAUACCCUAGCUGUUUAAUUUUGUAGAUUCUUUGGGGGAAUCUGUUCUUGCUUGGCCUAUAAGUACCUCGCUUUACUAGAAAGAGCACCUCAGAUUACAGAAUUACAGCAUGUCACAAAAUGUGACUUUUCUUGAAGUAUAAAAGGCAAUUUCCUUGUACAUAUGUCCCAGAAGUAAGACUCUGGUCUACCACAGACUAGUUACAAAAGCAUGCAAGACUAGCUUUUGUGGACGUGUUCUCUAACAGCCUGAAUAGGGCCUGAAAAUAAAAGGUUGAGAUAGCCCUAAUGUCAUACCCAAGAUGUCCUUACCUGCAAUGUGGGAAAUAUUGGCAUAUCCUCCCACCAUCCUCUGAGAGUUCAUUCAAGGUCCCGCGUGUUCUUAGACCACCUCCACAGCUCUCUGUACUCCAGAAAAGGCCUCUGGGUCUUCAGAGUCCAGCCAGAGGGAGCUACUUACAGUUCCAAAUGGAAUAUGACUCAGUGCAAAAUCAUGAUCAAUGAGUAGGCCUUCAGUUUCAUUGCCCUGCAGGCGAGAGAAUGGACAGGUAAUUAGGAUGGGCAGCGGCCCCUUCCCUCACUACUGUAAGUCCCUCUACAUGUAAGGCAUGUCUAGUCUCUGCCUUUGCCCCUCUCUUCUUCCACCCUUUCAGUCUCUGGAUGGAAUCAGUGUUUUUUCCUUAGUCACUCAGGCUGAUGAUCAAGGUCAAGGUGGACUUUUGAGCUUAAAAGAGUCAUCGUCACUGUAUGUCCCGAGGUGAGCAGAACGUUGCUCCUAGUUGCUUGUAUUUACUGUCAAAGUUCUAUUGCUUAGACAUUCUUCCCCUCCUUUUCUUAGAGAACUGUGCACCAUGAAACAAGCAACCCAGAACCACAUAAACCAGGUGGCAGGGUGCCUGGGUAUCAUGUGUCAUCCCGGCAUGGUGCACACCCACAAUUCCAGCCCUCCGGAGGUGGAAGCAGUAAGAUAGAAAUUUCAAAGGCAUCCUCGGGUCCAUAGGGAAUCUGAAGCCAGCCUGGGCUACGUGAGAGCCUAGAGCAAGGUAUCAGAUUUAAUAAUGGAAGGCCCAUAAACUAAUCACAGAGCCUCACUUAGCUCCCGAAGCUCUCAGUCAGCUUUUAAAGAUGUUUAGGCUGCCUCUUUACACACUUGGUUCUCUUCUUCCCUUCAUGGUAGACCCAGCUUUCUCCAUGAAUACAAAAUUUUACCGUUUUAGGUAAUUUAGUCACUAACCGUCACUUGACUCAGGAAGAUGCUAACAGACAUUUCAGUUCAGAUUGAAAUUUUUGAAUCAAGCCAGACUUCCAUCUCCAAUUCUAGCACUGGAGAAGCUAAGAGAACAAGAGAACGGUACUGAGUUUAAGGCCAACUUGAGUGAGUUCUAGGACAGCCAGAGCUACAGUGUAAGACCCUGCCUCAAACCACAAAUGUUAAUUUCCAAAGUCCUCUUAACUUAGAUUUCCUGGUGUGACGAUCAACACAAGCAUCUUGUUUAAAAAAAUAAUUCCACAGUCAUUGGAGCGGCUUUGUCCAGUAGCCUUAAUUCAGGAAGGUAAUACAGACCAGACCCAUCGUCUCCCCAAAUAGAGAAGAGCGCUACUUAGGUAGGAACAAUUCCUUCUUUAAUUAGAAAACCUAUGACUGGAAAAAUGGCUCAGGGGUUAAGAGUACUUGCUGCUCUUGCAAAAGAUUCGGUUCUAGUUCUCAGCACUCACGUGGUGACUCAUAACUAUCUCAAAAUCCAGUUUCAGGGAAUAUGAUGCCUUCUUCUGGCCUCUGGGAGCACCAGUCACACACGUGGUAUGCAUAUACAUAAAUGCAGACAAAUACUCAUAAACAUAAAUAGUUGCUGAAAAAUGUAACGAUCUGUUAUCAGUGCCACCAAACUAAACAGAAUGAAGGUCUUUGUUGAAAGAGGUAACACACUGGGUCACUUUAAAAAACCUGGGUCUUUCCCUAGUUAAGUUCACAGAUCCAGAGUGGUCCAUAAUUUACACAAGUUAACAAAUAAAAGUUGAAGGUGUUUGCAGAGAAGUACCCCUGAACACAAAGCCCGCACGUUCUCGAGCUGAGCGGUCAGCACUGAGUAAGCUCCGCAGCAUGAGAAAACAGGAAAACUGCAAGGCCCUCAUUAGAGGCUUAAAAUGAAAUCAUUUGCUUCAUAGCUCUAUCUGGAGUAUUAUGUGGACUUUAAAAGUAAGACUUAAAAGUAAUGUCUUUAUGAUGAGAACAUAAAGGAUAUCAAAAUCCAAACCUUAACCCUAAAGAAAACAUUGAGUGUUAAAGACUCAGUAAUGUUAGUGAGAAUCAGUGGGCUCAGUACUGCCAUGCCGUCUGACUGUAAAUGAAAGAAACACGGCAGCCUGCAUGGACAUGUGUAAUUCACAACCCUUUUUAUAUAUCAUUCAAUCAACAAAGUGCCCUGUAGCCGAUGGAGCCCCCUCUGCCAGCUUCUCUGGCCAGUGCGCAGCCUACAGGUCACUAUCAAAGCUUGGAGACACACAGACUAAUCCUCUAAAACUGUAUACAUCCGCUGAAGAGGAAACCACAAUUUUGUACAAGAUGGGCUGAAGUUCCAGGUAGGACAGCAUCUAUAGGACCAUGUGCCACACCCCAACAUUUCUGCUUACUUCCAUAGGUGAGGAAAGAGCCAGAGACUCCAGUGUCCUUCAAUAACCUGAGGACACAAACGUGUUUGGGAACCACUGAACAGGAACCCAGCAAGAUUUAGCGUGGCCUUAGAAUAGUAAAGAAACAUUGUUGAGCAUUUUUUUAACUGAAAAUAUGAGCUUGAUAUUGGGAAAGAUUUAUAAAACUGGUAAAGAGCUUGAUUUAUAAUUAUGCUCUCUUGGAAAAUAUGACCCCACUAUUCAUAACAGAGGAAUCUAGAAAGAGGUUGUUUUUAAGAAAUCCCCUUGCUCUGGGUUAUCUUAUAGUAUUUGUAAUUGACGUAAAGUUACCUAAAAAUUUCAUUGACAUGUUGGAAUAGAAACAUCAUUUAGAUAUUCAAAAUAUAAACACAUUACUUUAGGAAAAACAGAAAAAAAAGGGGGGGAAAUCAUACACACCCAGGGUUAUUCAGGAGAAACUAAGUUGAGAACAGUGAUUAGUUUCUGUAUAAACAGGAUACCAUUAAUUAAUUAAAAAACACUAUGACAUCAGUAGCACCCUACAAAAGCUUUCACUGAAUCAUUGUAUCACCAUGCAGAGAGGUUCUAGGGAGAAGGGAUUGGCUGACCCCAACAGUCAAGGUCCCAUCCAGCCGAGUUCCUUCAAUCUUAAGAACUGUUUCCCUCUGUGAGUUCCUGUCCUGGCAACUGAGCCAAUGGUGUCUAGUUUCUUUUGCCUGAAGAACAGUGGUUCUCAAACUCUUCACAUGCAUGCAGAUUCACCUACGGGUUUCACAUGCAUGCAAAUUCACCUACGGGUUUGUUAAGCCGCAGACGCCCUGCUUCUGAUUCUCUCCAUUUGGCAAUCUGCAUUUCUAGCAAGCUCCCAGAUGAAGCUGCAGCUCUGGGAGCCAUGAGCUAGAAAUCAUUGACUUUCAGAUCCACCUGCCUUAUCGAGCACUAAACUGAACUGACCCAUGGGCUGACCGGUUGGGAUUAGAUUACUUACAACAUUCCAGUCCCCGCUCCCAAUUGAUUCUUACACACUAGAAGACAGUGAAUGUAUGCGUUGUGCGGAACAGUGAGAUAAGUCCAAGCUUCCCGUCUUUGUAUUUAGAAACAUUAAUUCUAUGAAUGAUUGUUUGUAUCCUGUUGACCCUUUGACUUGUACUGAAGGUAAUCAAAUUUAUGUGGUACUUGCAUUCCUUCCUAUAUCAUUUUAAUGAGAUGUUUCCACGUAUGGCUCCAUUAUGGCCUGGCUCCUGGCUUACAGAAGUUUUAGUUUUUAAGUAGUUUGCUUGCUUUCAGUUACUUUACAUCUUGGAUUGGUCAUUAACUUAGCAGCAUUUCAACACGUUAAGACACUUCUGGUGGCACCCUUGUCUUUCACUUAACUGUGUGGUGGAGGUUAGGAUUUUAGUUCCAUGUUUAUCUGUAAAGAGUCUACUAAAUGGCUUGGUGGAAAUUUUCAAAGUGAAACAGUUCCUUUUGAGCAAUAGAUAUGCCGGUCUUGACGUUUCCGUAAAUAUUGUUUCUCUAAAGAGAUCGGCACAAGGUAAACUAAUUCUUAUUCAACAUGAUGGGACAGAGAGGAAAGUCAGCCUGUGUGCUUUGUUAACCCAGAUACUGAGGGGCCUUAGUUUAAAUUUUAACUCUCUUGCCCAGUUAAUUAGCCUUAGAGUUCAUUUUUGAUUAAAUCAUAAGGACCAUACAAUAGGAAGAAAAAGAACUGAUGAUCUGUGUUUUUAUUAAAUUAAACAUCCAAGUAAAUUAAAAAUCUAUUAAUGUAAUUCCAGCUACUCAAGCUUGCCUGGACAACAGUGAGAUUCCAUCUCAAAAAUAAUAAGUAAAUAAACAUGAAUUUUUAAAAGAAGCAUAGAAGGAUUCAAGAGAAAAGUAAUUUAUUCUAAAUAUUGCCCAUUUAUAAACUAUUAAUUCCAUAUAAUUUUCAUUGACCCAAUAAAGUUUAUAUUUAUGUCAUUUAGACUAUUGUUUGAAUAGAAGGCAAUCAUUCUAGAUACUUAAAAAUGAGUCAAAGCAUAUCAUCGUAAUGUUAACGGUGUCAAGAAUUCAUCUUUGACUUUGUGGUUGUACAUAGCUGAGUUCUUUUAUUAUUUCCUUUUCUUCCCAUAACAAUUUAAAAUUAUGAACAUAGAGUUCCUUUAAUUCUGGUUUCAAUUACAUUUUAAAACUCAGUCUCUACAAAGACUUAUUUCCAAACUGUUUCAUCAACUGUUGCCAAAACAGAAGAGGGAGAACCUGAAAGCCAGGCUAGGUUUUCUCUUAGACCUAGGGAGGCUUAAGCCCUUGACACCACCAGCUAGCAGUGACCAUCCACAGCACCUCAGGUCUGUGUUCACCCUCUGCCACCAUUUCCCGGGCAGCUCUUUCCUCUGGUCCAGUAUGGUAACAGUCAGUUUCCCAGUAGGUAGCUACUUUUAGUCAAAGAUGAAUGAUCUGGGUAUUUGGGCUUCUCUUCCAGUGAGACCUUGUGGUUAGAAUAUCAUGUGGUCUGAUAGGGUAGGAGGGGGUACCUAGAGGGAAAGGUUACUUUCCUUUCUUUUUUUGUUUUUUUGUUGUUGCUUUGUGUGUGAGUAUGUGUUGGAAUAAGAUGGAGAGCUAAAACUCAAAUAUUUAUUCCUCUAACCAAAUGCCAAAUGACUUCUAUUCUGCAGCGAUUUUCUAAGAGGAAUAAACAAACAAAUUACGUUUUAGAUAGUUCCCCUGUUCCUAGCCCCACGUGAGAUACAAUCCCUAGGUAGCAGCAUUCCUUUUAUCCAUUUUUGUAUUAUACCAAAGAAUGAGCUUAUUUUCAUUAAAAAUUAUGAAUAAAUGAAGCUAAGUAUAGCCAUAGUGAUUGAGUAGACUUACCAUUUUACCUAUUAAGAGGGAAAAUUCAUCCUUGCAGCCCGUUCACCAGGAGCCUUGAAUUAUUUUGUUUACUCCAAAGGCCUUGUCAAGGAAGUAUCAUUUUUUGUUUUGACUUAUUACUUAGCCACAUUUACCUUUACAAAGUCCUGAAAACCACUCUCCUUCAAGUUGCUAUAACUGUCUGGUUUGAUAUAAUCUGUUAGUUCACUGUUUUUUCAGGUCUCUGUAAGCAAGCUUGCAAGUGUAUUUUGUGUAUAUUUUAUCUGACGUGAAAAGCGAAUUCUAAAGAGAAAAUAUUUUAAAAGAUACUGUAUUUAUGUCGCUUGUGUUGUAGAAUAAAGAUUCAAAUGCAU